AUGGCGGACGAUCGCACAAAGAAGCAGCUUCUCAAUCGACGAACAACACUCAUCGCGUCUCUUGGAAGAGCGGAUCAAUUCGUUGAAAAUUACGUGGCGGAAAGGGACGCCGGGCAAGUUUCAAUCCGAAUCGAAACAUUAGACACCGUAUGGAUGGGACUGGAUGAAGUACAAACUCAGCUAGAGGAUAUGGAAGAAAACAGUGAAGGUAUGGCAAAACACCUCCAAUUCCGUUCCCAUUAUGAAACAUCCUACAUCCGAAUAAAAGCUGCUCUUAAAUCGUACCUCCCCGCGCUUCCUACUUUAACAAAUGCAAUCCCUCAUUCUGCUUGUUCUGGGCUCUCGGGCAUAAAAUUACCAACCAUUUCGCUUCCGGAAUUCGAUGGAGAUUACAACCAAUGGUUAACCUUCCACGAUACAUUCGUUGCCUUAAUUGACGCUAAUACUGAAGUUCCCGCCAUUCAAAAGUUUCACUAUCUUCGCGCUGCUGUCAAAGGAGAAGCAGCGCAACUCAUCGAGUCCAUUGCCAUAAGCUCUGCCAAUUAUACAAUCGCUUGGCAAACCCUCGUCUCCCGAUACGCAAACGAUUAUCUAUUGAAAAAACGUCACCUUCAGGCCCUGCUGGAUUGUCCCAGAAUGAAAAAAGAGUCCGCUUCUGCCUUGCAUUCCGUCGUCGACGAAUUUGAACGUCACACCAAAACACUUCGUCAACUUGGUGAACCGAUUGAUGCUUGGAGCACCAUGUUAGAGCACCUACUUUGUUUGCGGCUUGACGAUGGUACCCUCAAGGCUUGGGAAGAUUUCGCUACGACUGCUGAAAAUCCUGAUUUCAAUUGCCUGAUCGACUUCUUACAGCGUAGAAGCCGUGUCCUAGAAUCGAUGACCGGUAAUCAUCAAGCUCAGCCCACCAAUGUUCAUCAUUCACCUUCGUUUCGAAAACCCGUAUUUCCUAAAAUCGCUUCUUAUGCGGUAGCCGAAACAACCCAACGUAAAUGUCACGCAUGCGAGCAACAUCACCCACUUUUUCAAUGCCAACGGUUCGGAAAUAUGUUGCUCUCAGAUCGCUUGAAUAUAGUAAAUCAUCAGCGCCUUUGCCACAAUUGCUUCCGUCAAGAUCAUAUUGCUCGUAAUUGCCCAUCGAAGUUCUCCUGUCGCCACUGCAAAAAACGACAUCAUUCAUUGUUGCAUCCUGGCUACCAUUCCAUCGAAAAUGAUCAAAGGUCGUCCACUUCACGCGUACCUGCGUAUACACCGAAACCCAUUGAAAAGCGAAACAAUGCGGUGAACAUUCAACAAUCAGCAACAUCCACAAAUGCGGCCGCAGUCCAAGCUAACAAUUCCUACCCGUUUUCAAACACAAAUGUUUUACUAUCCACGGUCGUGCUGCUAGUUGUCGAUUCAAAUGGCAAAGCUCAUCCCGCACGGGCAUUGUUAGACAAUGGUUCGCAAUCCAAUAUCAUAAGCGAACGAUUGUGUCAACUAUUACACUUACAGCGGAGCAAGAUAAAUAUACCCAUAUAUGGCAUAGGAGAAUCGUCGUCUAGUGUCCGACAUAGUGUCAGAACAAAUAUUCGAUCGAGAAAAAAUGAUUUCGAAAUUGAUCUUGAUUUUCUUGUGAUGCCUCGCAUUACGAUCGAUUUACCUGUUGUAAGUACCCCCGUCGACGGCUGGCAUGCCACGAAAGAUUUGUUUUUGGCCGAUCCAACAUUCAACAAAACUGGUGCGAUCGAUAUGCUUCUCGGUGCAGAACAUUUCUUCACGUUUGUAAACCCUGGUACUAAGUUUAUUCAAGCUGAAAACCCAAUAUUAAUCGAUAGCGUGUUUGGGUGGAUCGUUACCGGCAGGCGCCGUUUUCCCGUAGAAUCGCAUCCCGUAUUAUGUCACCUCACACUUAGCGACCCGCUGCAAGAUGCCCUUGAACACUUUUGGCGAGUAGAAGAGCUAGGAAAUCAACCCAGUUACUCUAUAGAAGAACAGCAGUGUGAAUCGAAUUUUUUAUCUACCGUAUCCCGUACACCCGAAGGAAGGUAUAUUGUCCGCUUGCCCCGCCGUUCCAAUUUCGAUCACAUGCUUGGUGACUCUAAAACAACAGCCCUGCGUCGUUUUCAUUACCUAGAGAGGCGACUUAGUCAAGAUCCAAAUUUGAAAAUUCAGUACCACUCGUUUCUGUCUGAAUAUUGGUCGCUCGGCCAUAUGAGGAUGGUACCGUCAACCGAACCCGAACCAUCGUUAGUACAUUAUUUACCGCACCAUGCCGUUCUAAAGGAAUCUAGCUCCACCACAAAAGUUCGUGUGGUAUUCGACGGAUCCGCAAAAACAUCGACCGGAUAUUCGCUAAAUGAUGCACUACAAAUUGGCCCUAUCGUUCAAGACGAACUGCUCACUUUAGUACUUCGGUUCCGCAAGUAUCCCAUUGCCCUCGUGGCGGACAUUGAAAAAAUGUACCGUCAAGUGUUGCUCAACCCCAACGACGCACCGCUUCAACGCAUAUUUUGGCGAUUCAAUUCCAACGAUCCAAUUUCCACCUUCGAAUUACAAACGGUAACGUAUGGCCUGUCUCCGUCAUCAUUUUUGGCAACCCGAAGCUUACAACAACUGGCAAUAGAUGAAGGUAAUCUCUAUCCACUCGGCGGACCAGCCCUACGUAAGGGAUUUUAUGUGGACGACUACAUAGGAGGCGCAGAGACGGAAGAAGAGGCAAUCCAAUCGCGUGUUGAAUUAGACGAGCUACUAACAAAAGGUGGAUUCACCCUUAGAAAAUGGACAUCAAAUAACAGAAACGUUCUGAGAGGCCUCGAUCAAUCACAGAUUGGUACACAACCCUCGCUCAAAUUUGAUCGCGAUGAAGCAAUAAAGGCGUUGGGAAUUAGUUGGGAACCCGUCUCCGAUCAACUGCGAUUUGACUCCACUCCGAUAUAUGAUAGCAAAUUACAUACCAAACGAUCAAUUUUGUCCGCUAUAUCAAAGCAUUUCGACCCGCUUGGUUUGACCGCACCUGUAAUCAUUCGAGCCAAAAUGCUAAUGCAAGAACUUUGGUUACAGCCCUGUGGAUGGGAUGAUGAAAUUUCGGAUAACAUACGCUAUAAAUGGGAAAAUUAUUGCAUUGAGCUACCAAAAAUCACAUCUUACAGAGUGAAUCGCUAUGCAUUCUUGGCAAAUGCAACUGUACAGCUUCAUACCUUUGCAGAUGCAUCCCAGCAAGCAUAUGGAGCGUGUAUAUAUGCAAGAUCAACCGAUCCCGGAGGUAACGUGAAUGUGCAAUUAAUUGCAUCGAAAUCGAAAGUUGCCCCGCUGAAACGACUUUCCAUACCCCGAUUAGAAUUAUCUGCCGCUGUUAUUGCCGCACGUCUACAUGGAAAAGUUGUCGCUGCUUUAGAUAUGACUAUUUCUGCCUCAUUUUUCUGGUCUGACUCCACAGUCACACUCGAAUGGUUGCGAUCACCUCCACAUGCAUGGAGCACAUUCAUUGCUAAUCGAGUCUCCGAAAUACAAACCUGCACUCAAGGAUCACGCUGGCAUCACAUCGCAGGUAAACACAAUCCAGCAGAUCUCAUCACGAGGGGCAUGAGCGUGGUCGAUUUUUUGAGCAGUGAUCUUUGGCACUAUGGACCUAAUUGGCUGAAACUACCCGAAACGGAAUGGCCAGUGACAACACAACAGCAGAAAUUACCCGAAGAAAUUUUAGAACGACGAAGUAUUGUGGCAGUAGUUCAAAGUGAACCAACUAUUAAUGAAAUUUUCAAUCGAUCUUCAUCAUACAAUCGAUUAAUUCGAAUAAUAGCAUACUGCCUCCGCUUUAGUACAGCAUGUCGUCGUCAAGCGAUCACCGAAUCGGUGAAAGAAAAAACAAUAGCACUUUCGGUUGAUGAAAUGUCUUUCGCCCGUGUGAGAUUGAUACAAUUAGCCCAAGCAGAUACAUUCGCAGAUGAAAUGAGGGAUCUGGGGAGGGGUAAAACGUUAUCGAGUCGAUCACAUUUGCGCCUGUUGAGCCCCUUUAUUGACUCAGACGGAAUUCUACGUGUCGGAGGUAGAAUCAAGCUUUCCGAGCAGCCCUAUCUGACCAAGCAUCCAAUCCUACUUCCCAGUAUCCAUCCAUUUACACGAUUAGUUGCCCAUCAUUAUCAUCUGAAAUUGCUUCACGGUGGCGGCCGCGUUACCCUAGCUGCCAUACGCCAAUGUGCCCGUGCCUGUCCCGUUCCUGCCCAGCAACAAACCGGACAGCUGCCCGAACAAAGAGUCACCCAGAGCAGACCAUUUUCGGUUACCGGUGUUGAUUACGCUGGUCCUGUAUAUUUAAAAGCCAUACACAAGCGAGCAUCACCUACCAAAGCAUACUUGAGCAUUUUUGUAUGCUUUGUGACGAAAGCAGUACACAUUGAGCUAGUCAGUGAUUUGUCAACCCCCGCAUUUUUAACUGCGCUACGACGAUUCAUCGCUCGCCGAGGCUCCCCUGCUCAUAUGCACUCUGAUAAUGGCAAGAAUUUCGAAGGUGCACGCAAUGAACUGCAUGCCUUGUAUAAAAUGCUACAAAACGAACAGACGACCGGAGAAAUUGGCACCCAUUGUGCAGUCAAAGGCAUACAAUGGCAUAUGACCCCACCAAAGGCUCCCCAUUUCGGUGGAUUAUGGGAAGCAGCAGUCAAAGUUGCUAAGAAACAUUUGCAUCGCCAGCUAGGAAAUGCGAUGCUUUCCUUUGAGGAUAUGUCAACAGUGUUGGCAGAAAUCGAAGCUGCAAUGAACUCCCGACCGUUAACUCCUCUCACCGAGGAUCCAAACGACUUGGCAGUCCUCACACCCGCACAUUUUCUCAUUGGUACUUCGAUGUCCGCUCUUCCCGAUGCAGACGUCAGCCAGAUCCCGAUCACACGUCUGGAUCAUUAUCAGCGACUCCAGCAUCGAGUUCAACAGUUUUGGUACCAAUGGAAAACGGAAUACCUACAAGAAUUGCAGAAGGAAAAUAAACAUAUUCCUGCAAAUACCGCAUUUCAACCCGGCAGGAUGGUCAUCGUUGUCGACGAGUUUCUUGCGCCAGUAAAGUGGCCGUUAGCGAGAAUCAUCAACACAAACCCCGGACCGGAUGGACUCACCCGCGUCGUAGAAUUGAAGACCAGCAGAGGAAUCAUCCGUCGUCCCAUCACUAAAGUGUGUCUGCUGCCCUACGAGAAAAACUAA